AUGCCAGAACAGCACAAAGCAGCGCAAAAUGGUGUAGUCAAUGCGGGGAGUGCGGCAUUGGCUCUAAAGUACAGGGAGUUUGUGAUACACAGCGAGGUGUGUCUCGAGAGGCUGCGAGAGUGCUGUGCACCGAAUAUACUGUCGGCUUUGACGCUGCACGGACAAAUGAAUCUGGCGAUGUUGUUCAAUUUUUUGACCUCAAACGAAGACCAUUCCUGGCGACGGAAAUUGAUGAAGGCGGGUGCGGUUCCCUCUUUGUUGCGGCUGCAUAAGAUGCUUGUGACUGGUGGUGCUGCGAAAGAGAACGGAAAAGCGCUAGAUGCGUGUCGACAGGUAUAGUUUCUAACUGGUUUUGUCACAACUGUUGGUCUCUCACAAACUACUAAUCUUUGCUGGAAAAGUGUCGGACGGAAGAAAUAACAUGUCUCAAUCACACACUUUUCUUUCCGAACACAAGCUCAAUUUCAAAAUCGCAGGCUCUAGCGCACAUAGCUCUGGUAACGAACCCCGAGUUGUAUCCUUAUCAAGAUGCUGCGGACUUAGUUCCGGUGAUGCUGUUGAUGGCUCGUGACUCUCAGAAUGAAUUGCACCAGUUUGAAGCUUGUAUGGCCUUGACCAACUUAGCGGCCAGUGCAGAGGUGCGCGAUUUCGUUAUCUCGGCUGACGGAUGGAACUACGCUUUGGACUUGUUGUUUAGUAGCAACGAGCGCGUCCAGUGCGUGGCGAUGGAGUUGAUGAACAAUCUUGCUGGGGAUGAGAAGAUUGUCGAGAAAAUUUAUGAGAUGAUCAUAAGGUGCUUCGUUGUGUGUUUUUGAUCGAGGAGAAAGCUCUCUUUGAUGAUGUUUCUGUUUGUGGCUUGCAUUCAAUACAAGAGGCCGAAGUAAUAUGCACUGUUCUAAUACCCGGGCAAGAAAUGUGAGCGGUGCAUGGAAGGUAAGGGCGUUGACGAUGCGCCGGCUGAGAUCAAAAUUAUGCUGUCUUUCUGUGGCGUCGUCACGCGAAAUGAGGCUGAGAUGGCUAGACUAGAGAAGGAAGAGGCCGAAGAGGAGAAGGAGGAGUCAGAUGACGAGAAAAUUGAGGAUUGGCCAGGGAGAAAAAAGAAGCCACAAGUGGUUCAGACAAAGGAAGAGAGUGCUGGUUUGAUUAAGGCUCAACUGUCAUUGGUCAUUGGGGUUGGUCACUGAGGUCGAAGCGGGCCCCCUUAUAGAGAACAGGGGAAAACAAAGGGAAAGCAAGUAGAGGGGUCUGGGGCCCCCCCGUUCAGAAUCAGUGACCACGGAGUGGCGACCUUUAAUUUGAAGGGAGGAGAGGGCGAUGGGAAGGAUCCAAACGCAGAACUUCGAAACAUCCUAUGCGGCAGGAAAAAAGGAAAGGUUGACCGCGCAGCAUUAGUUAAGGGAUUCCACAUUGACAUUACAUCCUUCUUCACUAGUACUAGAAUAUGUUACAAACUACAUCCUUCUUCACUAGUACUACUGAAAUAUUUAAAUGUCAACACAACUUGAUGUGAGGAAAGCGAUGAAUAGGAGCGUACUACAGAGGACAUCCGCGAGGACCUUUUCCCAAGUGGAAACGAAAGUAGGUCCGGGAUGAUCUGAAGAAUGCAAAAAUUGCGCAACCUCUAAAUUAGACCAGAACGAUAAGCGCAUGCUCAUUGCAGCUUCAGGGUGUCUGGCUCAGCUCACGCAGGACACUACGAUUUGCCGCAUGAUCUCCGUGACACCGCAAUUUCACCACCUGUUAGACCUGGUGGCUUGGUCGGGACCCGGCGCGGACGCAGACGCGGAGUUUUAUGACUAAAAAGUUGUAACUACUACCUUAUUGAGAUCACGUGAUUAUACUAAGAAAAGUAUCAUUGUUCUUUAUGUCGCCCUCGUCUUUUUUCUACUCGCCAGUGCGUGCUACAGAUGAAGUUACUUAUACUGUUCAAAUGACUAUGUCUAGAUCAAUACAGUCUGACACGAUCAUUCGCCAAGAGGACGCUCCUCCUAGCCAGCUUAUCCUCUCUAAGAACACCGCGCCGUCGCUGCGAUCUGCAACCUCGUAGCGUGUGAUGAGGUUAUAGGGCAUGUCCGACACCUAGCGCAGAGCGCUAUCGAGAAAAAGAUAGCGUCGAAAACGGGCCUCCUCCAUCCCAAAAGCAAGGAGAAUUACGAGUUUUUUAAGGAGUGGCAAAAAGAAAACGGGAGGCUAUGACGACAUUUAGACCUGAUGUAACAUACAUAAUAUGGAGUGUAGAGGAAUAAACCUAAGCAUCUCGUGUAAGUACCCACGAAGAACCGCGUCAUGUGAUUUCGUAGAAAUUCUUGUCCGAGAUGUCAUUAGCGCAUAAGCAUGUAGCAGAUCUUCAAGUAAAGAGGAUCCAGGAAGUCGUCGUUUCUAAUAAUUCGUAUCUGAUAAAAAUUCAUCGAUAUUAAGAGCAUCAAUAUGUCUAUCUGAUCACCCAAAAGAAAUAUGACUAUGAUUUAAAGUAGAGCAGAAACUUGCUACUACGUACAACUGUCGACUAAACGUCGUUGCUGUCAUUUUGAAGCUGCUACGCGAGGGUAAUUGUUUGCGUUGUGAAUUUCUCAUCUGUCAACAUUGAGGCUUCGGAUAUGGCAGGGAUACGGAGCAAGAUUUUUCCUUGUACAAGGAAAUGCGUCGUGUAACAAGAAAGACGCUCGUGAAAGGACGGCUCAAGAUGUGAAUACUCUUUGAUGUUGUGUCCUCUUUGGAAAACGAAGAGAAAUCAAUUCCAGCGGUUGUCUAGAGGGAUCAUGAAAGUCGGCGCAGACGUAAAGCGCUAGACGGAACCAGAU